UAUCUUUACAUUUCCAAAUUCAGUAGGCAACCUCAAGAGUGCAAGCCUGAGUGAAGUCCACAGACCCAAGUUGCUAUGGCCACAGAACAAUGCGAGCGCCCUGUUGAGAAAACCUUUCACGAAAAGAGCCAUGAAAAACUGAGCACUGGCGAUCAAAUCCAAGUUCGCAAGGAACUGGUCCAAGCUAAGACUAAGAGUGUGAGUCAAAUGCAUGGCCACAACCUGGGCCCUGACAUGACAAAAACGCAUGCUGAGUCGAAGACCCAGAGCCGUGGCACCCACGCUCAGCAACAUCCAGCUCAAGGCAGCAUGGCCAUGACUUGCCAUGGUAAGAAAGAAAAGAAGACAAAAGAAAAGAAGGAAAAGAAACCUGAGAGCAAGAAGCAGCCCGAGAAGGAGAAGAGUAAGCACAAGAAGAAGUGCAAGGAUAGCAGCAGCGAUAGUGACUAAAGAAUAGAAUUGUGAAGUACAGAGAUACGCCUGGGCCUGGCACAGAGUGGUGCUAUACUAUAUUAAAUAAAAAAAAUGACUAAUGGCCGUGGGCGUAAACUGAUUAGUUAAGACCUGUAGCCUCAACAACAGUCAAAUAUGGUGUUCCAUACCAUGUAAGACUGAAAAUGAUCAUAUCUGAUCCUAUUAAAUAAAAAAGAAAAUACGCAUAGUUUUACGAAUA